AUGGCCAGUGUUGGCCUAAACGCGUCUCUCUCGCUCAAGUGUGAUCUUGGUGACGGUCUGUGGUCUGAGCUCAUCCAACAAAAUCCCGUAUUUCAGGAAGGAGUGCCUCCGUCGUCGGGACAAACCACAUCGGGAAAUAGAACCACAAUGUCGAACUAUCGAUAUUCUUCCAAAUCCUACAAAUACAGCAGCACUGGAGAAGAUGAAUCGAGCCCGGCGACCAGACGCACGUCAGUCCGUAGCGGUCUGGACGACUCUGACUUCUCAUCUUCAUCAGUCUCUCGCACCACUCGAAUAACAACCCGAACGACCAUGGGCGAUGACGAACCUGAAAUUAGCACAUUUUCAACAACGAGGCACUCAACCCGUCUAUCUUCCGAGGACGAUGCCUUCGGAGUCGCCAGGAGGGCCCUAGAUGAUGACUCGACAUCUCGGCUCUCCCGUCGCCUCCUGGAAGAUGACGACGCGUUCUCCUCCAAACGGACCAAGGUGGAAGUCGAAGGUGGGAUGUCUGGAUAUUCGAUGAGAUCCACGAAAGUAACUACCAUCGAUUCCUCAGGAGAGGUGAAAUCUUUCGAGAGCUCAUCGAAGCAGCACUACAGCGCUUCUUUCGGUGGCGGUGACACCCAGAUGCUCGAGGACUCUUCGCCCGUCGGAUCAAUUUUCGUUGCGAUUUUGGACUACAAGCCUCUCAGUACUGACGAAGAUGGGCUUCCAUUGAAAGAAGGAGAGCAGGUUAAAGUGCUGGACACCAGUAAGCCUCGGAAGUGGAAAGUCGUCAAGUUGGAUUCCGGCGAAUCUGGCUGGGUCGGUUGCUACUGUCUGGAGAAAGCUGCUGGUGCCGUGACGACUCAAGAGCCUGCGACACCCACUCACGAGAAAGUGAUGGAGAUUCCGCUUUCGAAAAAAGAGACUCUGGUCAAGGAGCUCGUCGACACAGAGGAAGAUUUCGCUCGUGAUAUGCUGUUCGUCGUUGAAAACUAUUUGAAAGAGAUGGACAAUCCCUCAAUGCCAAAGCGACUCAGGGACUUCAAGGAGCAAUUGUUCAACAAUUUCAAGGAGAUUUGCAACUUCCAUAAUGAGCAAUUAAUAACCGGCAUCAAGUAUAACGCCCGGGAACCCUCGAAACUGGGAACAACCUUGUUACGAAUGGAGCGAGAUUUCGACAAGCACGUUAAGUACGUCGAGCACGAAAGUAAAGCACAACAGUUGCUCAAGGACGAACCCGAGCUCAAAGAACACUUGGACAAGUUCUCGCAAAAGAUCGGGGACGAAAAAACUAUUCAGGAACAUUUGAAAUUGCCCCUCCAAAGAAUUAACGAUUACCAGCUGAUCCUCAAGGAGUUGAUAAAAUGCAACGCGAAAGCAGGGGAAGAUUUCACCGAUUUGCAGAGGGCGCUUGAUUUCAUGCAAGCGAUUCCCCAAAGAUCGACCGAUCUGGAGUUCAUCAAUAAAAUGGAGGGGUAUUCGGGCAACAUCCAGAAAUUCGGACGAAUUCUAAAAGAGGGCAAAGUGUUGAUUACGGAUUCGAAAGGCAGAAUGCAGGAGAGACAUGCGUUCCUUUUUCGGGGGGGGCGAUUAUGCCUCACCGAAGUUCAGUAUCGCUCCAACAACAAGAAGGUUUACGUCAUGAAGACCAUCAUCAAGACUGGCGAAACCAACGUCAGCGAAGAGGCAGGCAGUCUGAAACUCGAAUCGAAAACUGAGGAGCAACUCAUAAUGAAAACCGAAAACAAGGACGAAUGGAGUAAACAAUUGCAAACGUCGACCGUGAAAUCCGAAGUUGCGGAGAAGAUGUCUGCGGAAGAAGAGCUCCGAGUAAACGAAGAAGACUCAUCUCGUAUGGAAGUGACACAGGAGGACGAGGCUAACCGAACGACCACCGGAGGUACGGAGUCGCUUCGUUCGGGUUCUAUCACCUCAGUCGACGAGGAGUUGCUCUCUGUGGCGUCGAACUUCGAACUUGAAGCUGACAAUGUUUGUUCUACCGCAGUGUCAGACCUCGAGCCCCGAGGUACAAGUCCGGUAAAGGGCGACAAGCCAAAAUUCAUUCAGACUCUCAGAGGGGUGUCAAUUCACCAGAACGAGAGUGCAACGUUGGAGUGCGUUAUCGAGUCGGAGCCCGCUCCGGCUCUGAAAUGGCUUAAGAACAACGUUCCCGUUCGCAGAGGCCCUCGCAUCACCCAAGUCAGUGAUGGGAAAACAGGUCGACAUUCUUUGACCAUCACAAAUGCUCAACUCGAAGAUGCCGCGAUGUAUACAAUCGUGGCGUCCAAUCCAUCGGGAACGACCUCUUGCUCAGCUCCCUUCAAUGUCCGCAGCGCUUCCGGGAGACCCGACUCCCGGCCGACUAGUCCUGGUGGAACCGAGCUGCCGUUCGCACCAGUCUUUAAAGUCAAGCUGAAGGACACCGAGCUGCUCGAGGGCACUUCGGUGCGAUUCGAGCUCGUGGUGCAUGGUUGCCCCCAUCCGGAAGUCACUUUCUACAAAGACGGUGAACCACUUCAAAUGGAUGAGCGCAUUCGGGUGCACUACGAGAACAAAGAGGUUUUUGAGCUGAUCAUCGAUCAUGUCACCGAGGCGGACUCCGCUGUGUAUUCAUGCGUGGCCAUGAACUCAGAGGGCUGUGACUCCACGGCCGGCUGCAUCACUGUGACAAAGAACAAGGUGUUGUUCCAAGGCCUCACUGAGGACGGGAACGCUGGAGAUAAGUCUACGACACCCCAACCGACGGCCUCUCCAGCGUUUACAUGGUUCAGAGACGGAAGAGAAUUCGAAGCGUCGGAGAGAUUCCAGGUGGCGUUCAAUGAUGACGAAGACACGCUGGCGCUUGUCUUCCAGCAUGUGAAGCCCGAGGACGCGGGUAUCUACACCUGCGUUGCCUCCACCUUCAGCGGGAAAAUCUCCUGUUCGGCGGAACUCACCGUACAAGGUACGGUGAACUACCGCGAGCCCGCAGCCCCAACAAUCGAGGCUAACAUGGAAGAUGUGGAGGUCAACGAAGGUGCAUCUGCCAUGCUGGAACUCAAGAUAACUGGUUGGCCGAAACCAAGAAUCGUUUGGACGAAAGGCGAGAAACUAAUUGAGAGCGGUCACGGAGGGAAAUACAAAUUCCUUUUUGAGGAUGACGAAAGCAUGACGCUGGUCAUCCGGAGCGUCACCAAAGAAGACGGAGGGAGAUACGACGUGGUGGCAGAGAACGAGCUCGGUUCAGCAAAGACGCAUUGCAAUCUCCAUGUGAAAAGUCCCCCGAAGUUCAAGAAGGAGCUCAAGGAUGCCGCCGUCAUGACCGAGACUCCUCUGAAACUCGACGUCGAGGUCGAGGGUGUUCCCGAGCCCGACGUCAAGUGGUACAAGGACGGUCAACAGGUUACGAGCACUGAACGCGUUCGUCUAGUGCACGAAGUGGAUUCCGCCUGCUAUGCUCUGCUGGUUGACAAGGCGAAAACCGAAGAUGCUGGAAGUUACACUUGCGUUAUAUCCAACAAUCUCGGAAGUCAAAGCGGUCACGCGGCUGUGACUGUCAACUCUGCUCCGAAGAUCAUCAAGAAAUUAGAGUCCUACGAAGCCACUUUGACGGAGACCGUCACUUUCACCACUAAGGUCUCGGGCACGCCGAAACCGACGGUAGAAUGGCUCAAGGACGGCAAGACAGUGGUCAUCGACGGUAAGAAGUAUAUCGCCGCGGAAGAGGAAGCAACCAUGUUCAGUCUAACGGUCGACUGCUGUGGGCCUGACGACGUCGGAGCAUACACCGUGGUCGUCAAAAAUGAAUUCGGAAAGGCAGAGGACAGCGCCGAGUUGACUAUCAAGAUCAAGCCUAAAUUCGCCAAAGGCUUAGAGGACAAAGAACUCAUUGAAGGCGAAGUCGACAUCCAACUCAAUGUCGUUGUCGAGGGCAAACCAGAACCGAAUGUCAGCUGGUUCCACGAUGGCGUUCAAAUAAAAGACACGAAGCUCUAUGCCACGAAAGAAGUCACCGAUAAAGGGGAGUAUACCCUGAUCAUCAAAGAGGCCGUGGCAGAGGCAGGCGGCAAAAUCCAAUGCAAGGCGGAAAACAAACACGGGAAGGCUGAAACCGAAGCGAAAGUCACGGUAAAUGCCAAACCGAAAAUCACCGAAGGACUCAAGGAUCAGUCGGUGGUUACCGGCACCGAUGCGACGUUCACCGUCAAAUACGCCGGAAGUCCUAAGCCGGACGCGAAGUGGCUGAAGGACGACGCCGAGAUCCAAGUUGAUGGGAAACACUAUCGGGUAUCGGAGGCCGAGGCUCAGUUCACUCUUGUGAUAAAGGAGUGCAAAGAAGACGAUAAAGGUCGAUACAAAUGUGUCGUCGAGAACAAGUUCGGAAAGGACGAAUCGUCUGCGGCGCUGAAGAUCCUCAAUUCGGGAUCUCCAUCCACGGCACCGGUCUUCGUCCGAGAACUAGAGAGCGUUUGCUGUAGGAUAUCCGACCGCGUGGAAUUGAUUGCUGAAACGAAAAGUAAUCCGGAGGGGACUCCUCGGUGGACUCUGAACCACGUCGAGAUCGUUGACAGUGCCAAAUAUGAAAUUUCAUCGGUGAACGGAGUUCACAAGCUGAUCCUGAAGGAAUUCAGCAAAUCAGACGUCGGCAAAUACACGCUAGAAGUGUCGAAUACUGUCGGCAGUGCAACGUCAUCCGCUGACGUCUCGGUCUAUGCUUCACCAGAGUUCAUCGAGGGUCUGAAAGACAUUGUGGCAACUCAGGGAGAGAGCGUGUCUUUCAUGGCCGUCGUCAGCGGGAUUCCAGAGCCUACUAUCACAUGGAAGCGCGACAGUGAGACGGUCAGGAUAGAUUCGGUCAUACAAGGCCGGAGCAAUGGUGAAGUGAAAGUCCUGAUAAUAGAUGGCGCUUCGCGAGAUCAUCAGGGUCAUUAUGAGUGCAUUGCCGAGAAUCCGUACGGCAGAGUCUCGAGCGACGCCGAGCUCACUCUCAAGACCAAACCGCGUUUCAUUCAAAAACCCCAGAGUGUCAUCAUCAAGCGCAGAGAACACGCAAUUUUCCGCGCCAAGCUCUCAGGUGAUCCAGACCCCGACGUAACAUGGCUAAAGGAUGGCGUCGCGCUGCAGCCCGGACGAAACAUCGUCAUCAAAUCAGAGAACGACUUGCAUAGUCUCAUCAUCGAAGACUGUGGAGAUGACGAUGCGGCAGAGUACACAUGCGUUGCGAAGAACGAGGUCGGCGAGGUUUCCGAAUCUGCCGAGCUCACAAUAACCCGUAAGCUUGCGCAGGAUGAGGAAAAAGCUCCUUCCUUUCUCCGCAAGCCCAAAGACAUCGUCACGAUAGAGGGCGAAGACGUCUGCAUCGAGGCUCACAUUGUAGGGAAUCCGCAACCUCGAGUGAAAUGGCUCAAGAACGGCGUACGCGAAGUGGAAGAGACCAAAUGCACCCAUGAGGGCAACGUCUUCAGUCUCGUACUGAACAAGGUCAAAGCAGAUGACGAAGCCUCUUAUACUUGCGUUGCCUCGAAUCCUCUCGGAAGCGUACAAGAGAGUGCUUCGCUGACAAUUAAGAUACCCCGAGCUCCGUCGAUUGAGUACUUCGAGGAUCAGCAAUCCUCAGUUGGUGAACGCAUCAAGUUCUCGGUGGUUGUGAAGGGAGUUCCGACGCCGUCAGUGACGUGGUUGCGGAACGAUUCGGUCGUCGAAGAAACGCCGAACAUUUCACUGACGUCGGUGGACGAUACGCACUCGUUGACGGUCAAAGAAGUCACGAUUCUUGACUUCGCAACCUACUCCAUCCGUGCUGCCAAUUCAGUAGGUGAAGCGGGGGCCACUGCGAAUUUGACGGAAAAGGCCACGAAGAGACCGAUUUUCUUGUGGAAACUAGAACCAUUAGAACUACCGCUUGGAGAACGUCUGAAACUCGAGACCAAGGUCACAACCAACGACGAUGGUUCCCUGCCUGAAGUCGAGUGGCAGAAGGACGGCAAGGCGCUGCCGGAAUCUGCGGAAACAACCGCGUCUCCGGACGGUUGUCUUGAACUGAGGGUGCCAGAAGUUUGCCUCCAGGACACUGGUCUCUACCGAGUUAUCGCGCGUAACGACUGUGGACAAGCUGAGACGUCAUCCGCAGUCACCGUUAUAAGUAGCUGUUCUAAGGCGAUGAAGAAGCCGUCGUUCGCUCAAGGUCUCCAACCCACCAAAUUCGGUGAGGGCGAACUGGGUCGACUAGAAGCUAAACUCAACCCCAAUGAAGACGGUUCCAUUCCUGACGUUGAAUGGCUUAAGGACGGCAAACCGCUGACCGAAGCUGACGGAGUCAAAUUCAUCAAGAAUCCUGACGGGACGGUGGCUUUGGAAAUUCCCGACUGCAAGCCUUCAGAUGCUGGAAAAUACACGCUGAGAGCCAAGAAUCCCGACGGUGGAGCAGCCGAAAGCACUGCUCCGGCGGAAGUUGUGAGCAAGGUUCCUGUUUUCGAAACUCAGCUGAAAGGAUUGAAAUUGACCGAAGGCGAGGAGUUGAAGCUGGUCUGUAAGGUGAAGUCCGAGACUCCCAUCACCGCCAAGUGGUUCAAGGACGGAAAGGAGGUCCCGGCCGACAAACGCGUUUCGAUCAAGUUGGAGCCGGAUGGCACCGUUCUCUUGGUCAUCGCUGAGUGCAAGCCCGAGGACGCGGGCAAAUAUCGUUGCGAAGUCACAAAUCAAUACGGAACCAGUCCCAGUGAGGCUGACGUCUCGGUACAGGCUCUCAAGCGGGAGAAGCCGCUGUUCAUCGAGGGCCUAAAAGCCACGGCGUUCGACGAGGGCAAGCCCGGCCAACUCGAGGCUAAGGUCGGCGGCUCCCCGAAACCCGAAAUCCAAUGGCUCAAGGACGGAAAACCGAUCUCAGACCCUCGAUGUAAAGUUGAGACGAAGCCCGACGGUACCACGACGCUCAGAAUCGACGACGUGAAGCCUGGCGAUGCGGGAGAAUAUUCGAUCGUUGCGAAGAACGAUCAAGGAGAGAACAAGUCGUCAGCUCCCGUGACUGUGAACAAGAAACCAUCUUUCUUGAAACCUCUGGAAGGCGUGACGGUGCCCGCAGGGGAGACCGCGACGUUCUCUUCCCAAGUCACCGGGACUCCGAAGCCAAAAAUCGAGUGGCUCAAAGACGGUAAACCCAUUAGGCCGGAUGGCAAGAAAGUCAUUGCGGAUGAGGACGAUAAGGGUAAUUGCACCCUGACCAUCAAGGACUGCUCGCCAGAGGAUGCGGGACCCUAUUCGAUCAAAGCAACGAAUCCGAUGGGUGAACAGAGAUCCGAUGCACCUCUUAGCGUUCAGGAUGAAAAAGCACCGUUCUUCCUCUCACCGCUUAAGGAUCAGACUGUCGCCGAAGGCACCAAACUCCUUCUCGAAGCCAAGGUGAUGGGUACGCCGACCCCCGAGGUGAAAUGGUUCAGAAACGGCAAGCCAAUCCGGGAGACCGCCGAUGCCAAAAUUUCCUUCGACGGAGAGACUGCCCGGCUCGAGAUUCCAAAGGCUGCUCUGACCGACGCUGGUCAGUACGAAUGCAAGCUCGUCAGCCCGGGCGGCGAACAAUCGUCGAAGGCCAAUGUCAAGGUCCUGAAGCCGCCCAAGUUCAUCAAGCCUCUCAACGACACCGAGGUCACUUUAGGAGCUCCGCUCGUUCUCGAAUGCGAAGUUCUCUGUGACGACGACUUUGAAACCUCGUGGACCUACCGUGGGGCGCCGAUCCACGACGGCGCCAAAUACACCAUCACGAAAACAGGAACCAAAUGCAAACUCUUCAUCGCCAACCCGAGUGUCAACGACUGUGGAGAAUACCAAUGCACUGUCAAAAAUGCUGCUGGUCAAGAUUCGACCGCCUGUAUAGGAACAAUCAAGGAAGCCGAGCUCAAACCCGAUAGUGGAGAACCUCCUUCAUUCCUCAAGAAACUCACCGAUCAAGAGCUGACCGCCGGCUCGACCGCCAAGCUCAUCGCCUGCAUCGCCGGCAAGCCCGAGCCCGACGUGAAAUGGUACAAAGACGACGUUGAGGUCGUUGCGACAGACCGCCAAAGUUUCGAACGUGACCGUAACGGCAUCAUCAGACUCGUCAUCAAGAAUCUCGAAUCCAGCGACUUCGGAAAGUACCGCUGCGAAAUCUCGAACGUCCACGGGAAAGCCGAUUGUUGUUGCAAGCUUUCGGAAGACACAACGGAUCUCAAAUACAAGAAAACGGAUGAGAAGCCAGCGUGGAAGAAGCUCAACUACCAGAUCUCCGAGGAGCCGAAGGAAGAGGAGAAGAAGGACAAGGCUGCCAACGACAAACAGCCCGAUGACGGAGAUCACAGUGAUACGGACGAUUUCAAUUUUGAGCGACCGAAGUUCGAUGGAGAGAAACCUAGUGUUGUUAAAUACCUCAAACCAGAUACAGGCAUUCCGCCGUCGAUCACCGACGCGCCAGACAUUGUUCGUAUGACGGAUCAUGACUGCACACUCCGCUGGAAGCCGUCGAUUCCGAAAGGUCCGCGCACUCCGGUCACGUACAGGGUCGAGAUGGCCGAUCAUCCAGGAGGGGCCUGGAAACCCUACGCGUCGGGCAUCAAGGAUACCACAACCGAUGUCAAGGGUUUGGUGCCCGGUCAAGACUAUCAGUUCCGAGUUCUUGUGGAGAGUAAGCACGGUCUGAGCGAGCCCUCCCCUCCAGUGACCGCACACAGGAGCAAAUUAGCAGAGAAGGACGACAAAGAUAAGCCCGAGAAAGAGUUCAAACCAAAAGAUAUCGAUCUCGGCCACGAAUUGGACAAGGAUGGCUGUGCUCCUUACUUCGUGCGCAAGGAAGAAGAAGUUAUGUUCGGCAUUAAGGGACGGCCAGUGAGCAUCGAGUUCUGGGUCUACGGUCUCCCUCAUCCCGAAUGCACGUGGUACUUCAAGGACCAGAAAGUCGAGUCCGGAGGCCGCUACGAGAAAAUUCAGGAUCGGAACGGACAGGUCCUCCUGUGCAUUAAUCGCAUGAGCGAAGAAUGCGAGGGCAUCUACACCUGCAAGGCCGUGAACGUGCACGGCGAGGCCACGAAGUCUAUCAGGCUCGAACUCGCGGAGGAGCCUCAUUUCACCAAGAGACUCGAUUACACGACGAUCAUGCUCCGCCAGAGCGGUACUCUGCAGUGCCGUUGCGUCGGAAAACCCUAUCCGAACAUCCGUUGGUACAAGGACUGGCAACCCAUCGCAACUUCCGGUCGGACGAACAUCACUUGGGAGCAGCCCGAUUUGUGCGUGAUGAAACUGGACGACUCGAUCAUGAGGGACGCUGGAUUGUACUCGUGCAAAGCGACUAAUAUCGCCGGGGAUGCGACAUGUUCGGCCACCGUCGUCAUCGAACAAGAGGAGGAACUCUACGAUCUGUCAACGUACAAAGCUCCUCGGGUGGUCAGACCCCGCACCAAACCUUUCAGAGACUAUUAUGAUCUCGGCGAGGAACUUGGGAGAGGCACUCAGGGAGUUACUUACCACGCCGUCGCUCGAGCCACCGGGAACUCGUACGCUGCGAAGGUCAUGCACCACAGAGACCCUCAGUUCAAGCAGUGGAUGAAAAACGAGAUGGACACGAUGAACCAAUUGGCGCAUCCGAAACUCUGUCGAAUGUGGGACGCUUUCGAAUCGCCGGACUCCAUGUCGCUCAUAAUGGACCUCUGCGGAGGCGGAGAGCUACUCGGAAAUAUCAUCAAGCGAGGAGGACUCACCGAAGGACAAGUUGCCAACUACAUCCGACAAACUCUGCAGGGUCUCGACUACAUGCACGCUCGCGGAAUCGCCCACCUGGGACUCACGCUCGGUGACCUUCUGGUAGCUCGAGUCGACGCGGAUGACAUCAAAAUCGGGGACUUCAGUCUCGCGACGAGAAUCCACAACGAUCGAAACUUCGUGCAGGAGUACGGUCAUCCCGAAUACGUCGCGCCCGAACUGGCGAAGAAAGAGCCCGCGACACUCGCGUCCGACAUGUGGAGCGUGGGUGUCAUCACCUAUAUUCUACUUAGCGGAGUGUCGCCAUUCCUCGGAGAGCACGACCGUGAAACACUGUCGAACAUCAAGGAUGGAAAGAUGAGUUUCCUCCCCGAAGGAUUCGACGGUGUCUCCGACGAUGCGCGGGACUUUGUUGCCAAGCUGAUGGUGUUCGAGCCCGAUGGUCGGCUGAACGUCAAAGCGGCUCUGAACCAUCCGUGGCUCAAGAUGGCUGACCUGCCCGACCGGGGCCCAAAGCUCGGCAAUUACGAACGAUUGGUGGACUACCAAGAGAAAUGGAAGAAAUGGUAUGCCAACGCGAAUUGCCGAACUUGCUUCCGUCGACGUACGUUGGAGUCUUGCUUCUAUCACCCAAGCAAGAUGAUCUAUCCUCCCGGAGAGCCCUACACGCCACCGGAAAGUCCAGCUGGCAGGGAACGCGAGCACGUCGGCCCCGGAUUCAACUACGAACGUAAGAAGCGGACGUACGACACCGAGAACUUCAAAAACGAAUCCAACUACGCACAGGGUCCUGACACGUAUCUCCUGCAACUGAGGGACACGGACUUCCCUCUACGUUUGAGGCAAUACAUGAAAGUCGGAGCUUCGCGAAGCCCCAGCCUAGCGGCCAGUCUGCGUGGCCAGCAUUGGGGAGGAUCUGACAUCUUUGCGAGAGGUCAGGAAAGAGAACACAUUUACCCGCAAGUGGUGAUCCGCGAGAGGCGGAAGUUCCACGACAUGAUGGAUGAGGAGAUCGAUGAUGAGAAAAAGGGUGGAGACGACCACAAGUCGAUCCUGCUCCGUCUGAACAAAGAGGUCGGAGCGGUCGGUUACAUCAAGAACCAGACCGAUGCCGUACGAGACGACGCCUGGAGAUUCCGGGGAGUGACUCGGGAAGAGGCGAUCGGAACUCUGCCGUUCUUCAGAGAAAAAAUCGACGACGCCGUCAUCAUGGACAACAACAACGUCAGCUUCACCGCGGUCGCUGUCGGAGCACCGCCAGCUCAGUUCACCUGGUUCAGGAACGACUGUCCACUCCUUCCUACCUCGCGCAUUAGGAUCGAUACGGACGAAGCCGCGGGUACGUCGGUGCUCACCCUCGCUCCGGGCAUGGCCUACGACGCCGGGGUAUUCAAGUGCGUCGCGAGGAACGCGUCGGGAACGGCCGUCUGUCGCGCCCGACUCCGCAUGGGCGAUACUCCGGGAAGACCCGCCGCACCGAAAGUUGCUCAAGCGACAUCGAAGCAGAUGUACGUCGAGUGGAACGCACCGCGACAGGAGAAUAACGCACGCACUCUCUUCUUCACGCUCGAAAUGAGGAAAUCAUCCGACGCCGAAUGGAUCCGAAUUCCGGAUAAGAUCACAAACGAGUUCUACAUUGUUGAAGACCUCGAGCCCGAAACGAAGUACGAGUUCAGAGUCACGGCCACGAAUUCCUUCGGCAAUUCCGGCACUUCGGACGCUUCCAAAGCGGUGUCGACGGAAGCCGCGGACAGCAGCAACAAAAUCAAGCUCAGCCCAACGCACAGUUACCAACAGGUGCAGGCGACCGACAUUGCCGUGGGCUCGGCGCCCGUGCACGAUUAUUCAAGGGAGCAAAAUCCCAUCAAUUUGAAGACUAGCGAUCCCAAGGACGAGUACAAUUUCUCAGCGGAACUGUCGUCCGGUCGAUUCUCGGUGGUGAUGUCUGCCACCUCGAAGACCAACAGUCGACUUCUCGCCGUUAAGGCUGUGAAGAACGGUAAAAGGGAGUACGAUAUGCUCAAGAGUCUCGUGCACAGGAACAUCGUCUACCUGGAGGACGCCUUCCAGAACGGCGACGUUACCAUGCUCGUCAUGGAGCGCUUGUCGAUGAACAUUCUCGCCUUCCUCACGCUGCGGAACACCUACACUGAGGAUCAGGUUUCCCGAGUGAUGAAACAGGUUCUCGAUGCCCUGGAAUACCUCCAUUUCAAGGGCUUGGUCUUCUGCAACGUGGAGCCCGAUUCCGUGUGCGUCACCGAUGGCCAGUCGUGCAUUGUGAAGCUCGUCGAUUUUGGCUCCACUCACGCUGUGCCCAAAGGCGGCGCCCAGAUAGCCAUGGAUACCGACCCGGAAUACAUGGCGCCCGAGGUCGUUAGGGGAGAACCGGUCACGUACGCUGCCGACGUCUGGAGUGCCGGAGUUCUCAUGUACAUUCUUCUGUCGGGAGUUUCCCCGUUCUUGGGAGUAACUGAGGCGGAAACUAGGGAAAACGUCUCGAUGGUCCGCUUCCACUUUGAAUCCAUCUACAAGGAAUGCUCGUCUGAAGCAACGAAGCUCCUAAUUCAAGUUUUCAAGAAGUGUCCCACGAAACGCGCCACCAUUGAGGAAUGCUACGAGAAUCGUUGGAUGCUCCCGUCUGAAUACAUGCUACGCAAACGCGAAGCUUGUAUUUUCCCGAGCGGGAAACUCGCGCAGUUCGCCCAGACUUACGAGCGCGCCAAGCGCAACAGAGACACCGCAAGCAUGCUACUAAGCAAUUUCGGCCUCAACAGGAUCACGAGUCCCGAAGCUUGAGCUGGCAACGUCGGAUUCAAUAACGGCUUCGUGCAAGCUCUGCGGAACUUCCGGAGAAAACAGCCGCUCUGAGUAAAGAUAACAGAACUGUUUUUAGGUAUCAGGAACAGACGUAUUUUCCUUUCUCGCCAUAGAGGAACAAUCUUCUGCCCCUGCCGACUGCGAGUGCUUUAAUUGAAUCCAGUGAUUGAUCUUCUUGCUAAGAUCGAAAUCGAGUCAAUCUUCGGAGGAACGUCAAUCGCUUGUUAACGACUUAAUCGUUCAUUCUAUCGUUCAACAAAAUGCGUGUCAAUCACGUAGUCGCGCCAUUCUCGAAGCUGCU